UGAAAUGAGAGAGUAAGGUAUAAAAUGAGACAAAAGAAUGAAGGUGGGAGCAGCUGACUGCAGGAGUGCAGACAUCUACGGAUGGUAGUGAAGCCUGAGGACCCAAACCCACUGGGAUGCUGGAGUGAUGCUCUUUGGACAACCUGCGGGAUUCUCCAUCAGCUUUUGAGACUCAGCAACCGCUCUGGAGAAAUGUCCCCUGUGUAAAACCCCAGCUCCUGUACCAUGUACCAGUCUGGCUUUGUGCCGCGGGAGUAUUACCCAACUGUGAUUCCACCUUCUGCCUAUACCUACCCACCGCUGCAGACUGGGAGAGCACAAGACAUGACCAGCUCUGUGAUGUUCCCUCCUAUCCACAUGCACAACUUCUACAGCCGACCCAUCACCUUUGUGGUGGACCGGAACAGCUACCCUGACUACGUGGGAGGUCAGGUGGAGUAUCAUCAUCUCUACAGUGCCUCCAAUCCCUACUUCCGUCCAUACUACACCUGGCACUACCCUCCUGUGGUCCCCAUCCCUCUCUACAAUCCCUAUGCAAACUACAAUCCCUACGCUGCCUACCAGAGGUCAGAUCAGUAUCGAGACACAUGGCCAGAAGGCUUCACGAUGAGAGGGGAGCUUCAAUGGGGGAGGCUUGGAAAGGUGUUUGGACCAAGGAAAGACCUCCCAGAAUUUGUGAAGGAUGAUCUCCGGAGGGUUUAUGGCACCUACCCACGGACCAGUGUCUCCAUAACCUACCGGAAAGGGGAGUUCUUGGUCAAGGGAGACCCCAAGGCAGGAGAGCAGGAAUAUGCAGUGGAAAAAAAAGUCAUCCAGCGGGCUGUGACCCCCAGUGCCAGCGAAGCAGAUGACAGCAGUGAGGACCGGAACCGUAAGAAGAAAAAGAAACUGAGACAUUGAUGUAGUCAGUCACUUGAUGGACAGAUGCUCCAGAGCCCUCAUGGGAGCUGCUUGGCAGCUGUUCUUGGUGCAGCUGGCAAGUAGCACAAGCAAUGGAUUCCACCACUCCUGUUGGCUUUUAAUUGCUCCCCAUCCUCCACAAGCUUAUGGCAGCUUUACCCUGUUUGAUGCACAAUGCCCAUCCUGUGAAGAAACGUGGCACGUGACUAUCUGUCGGAUCAGCUCUUUGAUCCUGGUUUUGAAAGGAACGUUUGAUGUCCACUGGUUUGGUUGAGUGGUCACGGUCUGGUGGGGGGAUUUCCAGACAGCAGCCCUUGAUUAGAAGAUGAGCCUCUUCCUACCCUGUCCAAGGGAAGGUCCUGGAAGCUGGCUCCCUUCCUGGCACUCAGUUAAGGAGAUCAAAGUGGGAUUUCCUCCAGGCUGGGGGCAGUGCAGGUCCCAGGGGAGAGAGGGGUUCUUGAACACUGUAAAGAGCAAUUGUCUGCAUAUCUUGUCACUGCUGUUUAUGACCAUACCAUUGUGCUUAAUCACCAUGUGAUGCCUGUACGCAGCACUUCCCUACACGCUGGCGGAAGAUCCUGGUGUCCCCAUCCUCUUACACUUGGUAACCUGGUGCUCAGUUCUCCUGGCCACGUGUCCUUGUUGAAAUGGCUGCUUGAGGCCCUGCUCUGGGUCUGAUUUGGCUCUGGUUGGAGGUGCUGGCUCUCCAGCGAGGUUACUGGAGUUGUGUGAACCACAGCACUUCCACAGCUUGGUCUCUUGGAAGGGUGGCCUUCAGAGUUGUGCUGGAAACCUGGAGGGUUGUGAGGGGCUGGGUCUAACUUGCUUGCAAACUUCUGUACCUUUUAAAUUAUUAUAAAUAAACAAUAAAAAACCCCA